UUCUUCUAUCCCUUAAAUUCCUUCACUUCAAGAUAAAAAGAACCAUUUUUGCUUUCUUUAGCUACAAAACUAAACAAAACAAGAAAGAGAUGGGAAACUGUCAAGCAGUGGAUACAGCUAGAAUCGUGAUACAACACCCAAAUGGGAAAGAAGAGAAGUUGAGUUGUCCAGUUUCAGCUAGUUAUGUGAUGAAGAUGAACCCUGGCCACUGUGUUUCUCUUCUCAUCUCUACCACAUCUCUCUCCGCCACCUCUACUGGUCAUGGUGGACCUCUUAGGCUCACGAGGAUCAAGCUCCUUCGUCCAACGGAUACGCUUGUUCUUGGCCAUGUCUAUAGACUCAUCACCACCAAAGAGGUUAUGAAGGGUUUAAUGGCAAGGAAAUGUUCGAAGUUGAAGAAAGAAGGUAAUGGAUCAGAAGAUAAGCUAGAUAUGGUGAAAGAAAUAAGCUCUACUAAUCUUGAAAAUGAAGAUAAGCUACAAAUGAAGAAGCAAGAGAAAGAAAGGUCAAGAAUCUCAAGAUCAUGGCAGCCCUCUUUACAAAGCAUAUCGGAAGGAGGCUCAAGCUAAGCAAAUUCUAAAACUAUUGGAGCAUUGAAGAGAAAGCUUCGGAACUUGAGGAUCUAGUUUGUAAACAUAGGAAAAGGCAUGUGAGAGGCAAAUGACAAAAGCUGGUCCGUUGGAAUGUGUGAUAUUAUAAAGUUACAAAAAAUUUGAAAGCAUUGAUUCAGUUUGUUUGACUGAAGAAGACUCAUGAGUUCUCUGAGUAAAAUAAUAAUACACAGAUAUAUUAUCAAA